GGCUGACAGCUUGAAAUGUGAGAUGUUCGUUGGACGUGACCAAUUGACGUCUUGAUUGAGAAGAGAGGCAACCAGCGGCAGUUCAGCCUUGCUGUACAUCGACGUCAACAUCUUGGGUCCCAUCGCCGCAUGCCAGCGGAUAGGAGAGCUGCUAUCCAGGAAUGAUGUAUAUCUACAAGACCCACGAUCCGAUGAUGCGAGGCAAUACUUGAAUCCACAAGUGUUGGAUCUAGACGUUUCUGAAGAUGAGAUGUUGCUGCAUGAGCUGUUCGUAGAGAUGACUGCGAAACGGAGCAAAACAGAUCAGGGCAGCGACUGGAAUACUGCUUUGGACGGCAUGGCACAGCACGCGCUGAAUGCUAGUGCGGUAGAAGUUGACAACUCGAUUGUCACCACGCUGAUAUUGCCGCAUCAGGGAGAAGCCCUCGAUUUUAUGAGUAAACGCGAGCUGGGUCGAGAAUUUCUCGAAGAUACCAUGCAAUAUUGGGGCCACGACAGAACUGAGAGCGGCAUGCCAGUAUACCGUCAUAGGAUCACUGCCGACGAGCGAACACAGCCGCAAGCGGAGCCACAAGGCGGCAUUCUAGCUGACGAGAUGGGACUUGGAAAGACACUGACCGCAAUCUCACUCAUUGUCAGUUCCAUGGACAGAGGCAAGCACUUUGCAAGUCAGUUAUCGACGCACAAUAGCCCACGAAUGCCAACUUCACUGUUGCGCACUAGAGCGACACUGGUCGCAGUUCCUUCUACCCAACUCAUGGACUCGUGGUUCAAGCAAUUGCAGCAGUAUGUUGGUCAUAAUGUCUGAACUUCCAUCGACUAGCAUCAGUAGGCAUACGCGCCGCGGCAAGCUCAAAGUGGCCCGGUA